UAGCUACGUCAGCAUGUGGUGAUAGAAAAUUGGUUUACUUUGCUGUUGUCCCAUAUUUUACUGUCUUUAUCAAGUAUCUUGCAGUAAAUGACAUUGUUUUGAAAUGGAAGUCACGGAGGUGGUGUCUCUCCACGUUGCUUUGCCAGUUUUAGGCGUUGUUUUCUGUGCUUUCCUUGUUUUUGCGUUCGGUUUCAAGUCGCCAGCGCAGCCACCAAGCUUCGACUUCGAUGAUGACAAGAAGCAGCGAGAGAAGAGGUCGAAGAGAAGCAAGGUGAAGAGUUCUGCCAAUGGCCAUGUUGCGAUUGGUAUUGCUGAUGAGAACACUGCCUCAUCAAAAUCUGCAUCUCCCAAAGUGUCCGCCAAACAGUCAAGCUCAAGCAACACGAGCAAGUCAAAGACACCUGAGGCCAAAUCUCCCAAGUCCGACAAGACUGAUAAAAAGCAGGCCAAAAAACCAGCAGCCAAAGAGGAAGCAAAGGUCAAAUCCAAGCCAGUAGUAGAAGAUGAUGCUGAUGGAUGGGUUACCAAGACCUCACGCAAAGUGAAAAAGCAGAAAGGCAGCAAAGAUGACAAAGCCGACAACAGUUCUGACGAGCGUAGUAAGACCAGUACAUCGGAAGACAAACCAGCACCUGUGAAACAAGAAACUACAGUCAUUCAGACUGAGACUGAGGUCAGCCCUAAAGGUCAGCGGCCAGCUAAAAAGAAGAAGUCGCCAAAGAACGAGAAGGACAGUGAUGAGCCAGUGAAGGUUGCCGAGUCCAAGGCAGCAGCUCCGCAGUCUGUUCCAGCACCAAAACAAGACAAGCCUGUGGAGCCUCCCCCUCCGCCAAAGACUGUACCAAAAGAAGCUGAAUUUACAGAUGUAAGCCCAAAGAAAAAGUCAAAAUCUAAAAAAGAGAAUAAAAAAGGCAGUCCUGCUCCGGAGGGCAAGUCGUCCGAGGUUCAGGACAUUCCCAAACCAGUGGAACCUGAGGUCAAGGUCGCUCCACAGGUGUCACAAGAAGAGCCAAAAAUAGUAAAGAGUCCUAAAAAGAAAAAAACUAAAGAGCCGUCACCAGAUAAAGCUGAUAAGGUUUUACAAGUUAAUAAUGAAAAUAAAGGUUCACCAGAAAAAAAUAAAGCUGAUAAAAAGUCUAUAGCAGAGCUGCCUGAGAAGAGUAAAACAAGAGGUACUGAGCCUUCAUCAGUCCCUGAUGCACCCACGGGUGCCAAGGCUGACUUGGGAGGUGCUGCUGGUGGUGAUGCAGCCAAAGCAGAGGCAUCGAAACCUGUCACAUUUGAUGAGAUGGGUGGAACUGGAGAUUCUUGGGAAGCAGUUCCCAAAAGUAAAAAGAAGAGAUCCCGUCGUGAGAACUAGGAACUCUCAUGAGAACUAUUGCUGCCAUUGUGAUGUGCAGUGGGGAGAACAAGGGUUGUCUCCCCUUACCUCAGAUGUACUGGAAGAAGGCCAAUCUAUGCUCAUGUUCUUGGACAAAGUUUUGUUGGGGGGGAAACAGGGGCCAACUAUAUUUUUUGUUCCAAAUGAUCUAGUCAGCCAUAUAUUUAGAUGUAAAGCUGGUAUUGUGAUAGGUCAUUUGGAGGCAGGUCGAGGAAGAAGAUGUCUUUUCUGUCAACCACCAUUCACCAACCAUUUGGGUUUUCACUUUCAGAAGUUUAAAUAGGGAGUGUCAGAUUACAUGGUGCUUUAGGAAAUAUUUUUAUGAUUAUUUAGAGAGAAAAGAAUACUUUGCUUUGUCAUUUUCCAAUCAUUAUGCUUGUACUGUAAAAAACAAAUCUCUGAUAUAUAAUGCCUUAAACAAGGGAGGUAAGUGUGUCUCCUGUAGCCUAAUUCUGACUGAUAUUGUCUCAAUGAUGGUUUGUCUACUGUCAUCAGCUGGUGUCUGGCAGAUGAGAAGAUAUCUUCUUCUGAAUCUCCUUCAGUGAUGGUUGGUAUGUGACGUUCUCAACUGACAGCACCCCCCUCCACAGUUGUAAGGUUGUGCACACUCCUGUCAUUACAGAGUAGGAUCAACUGGCUGUGUCAGUGUCAUGCGCAACAGCUCUGCUCCUCUCAGUAGCUUAUAAGGGACCACUGUCAACAGAAACUAUAUAUUCCUACAGCAUGGACUGAACUUAAACAUGGAAGCUCUGGAUAUGGGCAUGGAUCAAUUUAAAACUUAAACAUGAAAUACGAAGUACUGUGGGUCUAAAUCCCAUUGUUACCAUGUGUGGAAUCUGCAGUGCUGUGACAUGUGUGUCGCUGGUGGAAUAUUUCAGUCUGUUAGUGAGACAUAAGCCACUGCUGGUGUUGAGAAAUCUGCCAGUUCCACGUAGUGAUAGAGUUAUUUGUGAUAGUGCCAAACGUACAAGCAUAAUCUGGUCAGUGUAAACCAUGGGAGCAAGACUGGACAGAUGAUAAAUGUAAUAACAAGUGCUUAGCAAUGCCUACCAUGAAGAUGUCGGACAGGCUUUGUGUCUCAAACCGGAGUGAGAGGUGCCACUUUGAAUGAGUGCAGUCUCGGAGACAACUGUGAUCUUCAGUGUGAUGUUGGUAUUUCCACACAGUCUAUAGGUGAGGGAAUGUUAGUUUGUGUUUGAAUCAGUGCUCAUAAUGAAAUUAACAUAAGGCAGACGAGAAACGUGUAUAUCUUGCCAUGUGUUGUGAGAGAGGCUGGUGAGUACGGUCAUGGGAGGGGAGGGUGCGAGGCAGGUGAGGGGAGAGGCAGGUGGGGUGGGAGGGGAGAAUGACUGGCAGCAGAUUUGACAGAUUAGUAAUGGAAUAUGGUUUUAUGAGGUUUUGGUGUAGAUCUGCAUCAUGGGGGCAACUCUCUGGCAGCUAAUUAUUCCUCACAUUGUAUUGAAGCGGAUUGCUUGAUGAUGCUUCUUUGCUGACAUAGCCCCUACACCUGCUACCUCUGUUGUAUUGUUCAUGCAGUGUAUGCACAGCUCAGCAAGCACCUGUCACCAGUCUAGGUCUGUUGUUGGUGCAGUGUAUGCACAGUUCAGCAAGCACCUGUCACCAGUCUAGGUCUGUUGUUGGUGCAGUGUAUGCACAGUUCAGCAAGCACCUGUCACCAGUCUAGGUCUGUUGUUGGUGCAGUGUAUGCACAGUUCAGCAAGCACCUGUCACCAGUCUAGGUCUGUUGUUGGUGCAGUGUAUGCACAGUUCAGCAAGCACCUGUCGCCAGACAACAGCUGUCCUUGAAACACUAGUUAGAUACUGUAAGUGAUGAGUUACUGAUGAUGUUGUAUGAGGUUCACUCAUAGCUCUGUAACAACUGUCACAAUAAAACCUUUUCCGUUCA